AUGCGUUUAACUGAACGUGAAUUUGAAAAUUUAAAAAUUAGUCAUGCUGGUACUGUUGCACAAAAACGUCUUGCUCGUGGUGUACGUUUAAAUUAUCCGGAAGCUAUUGCACUUAUAUCAGCACAAUGUCUUGAAUUAAUUCGUGAUGGAAAUCAUAGUUUAACUGAUAUUCAACAACAAGCAAAAAAAAUUCUUGGAAAAAAUAUGGUACUUAAUGGUGUACCACAAAUGAUCAAAGAAAUAAAUAUUGAAGCAACAUUUCCUGAUGGUGUUAAAGUUGUCAUUAUUCGAAAUCCAAUUUGUACUGAUAUGGGUGAUUUAGAAUUAGCUUUAUAUGGAAGUUUUUUACCAAUUCCAUCAAUUGAUUUAUUUCAAAAAGCAAAUGAUAGUGAAUCAGGAUCUCAUCCAGGUGAAAUAUUUCUUAAAGAUGCUCAACCAAUUAUGAUUAAUGGUGAUCGUGAUAGUAUAUUCAUCACUGUAACAAAUGAGAGUACUGAAUUAAUAUCAAUUGGAAGUCAUUUUCAUUUUGUUGAAGCUAAUAGACAUUUAGCAUUUGAUCGUACACUUGCUUAUGGAAUGCGUUUAAAUAUUCCUGCUGGUGAUAUUUUAACAUUUAAUCCUGGAGAACAAAAAGAAGCUCCAAUUAUACCAAUUGGUGGACAAAGAAUAAUUCAUGGUGGUAAUGGCCUUUUUGAUGGACCAGUUAAUGAUGAAAAUUUAAAAAAAAAUCAAAAAAAUUUACGAAAAAAUAAUUUCUUACAUGUCGAUGAAAAAAAUAGUUUAGAAAAAGUAAAUCGUCGCUCAACAAAAUAUACAAUUCCACGUGAAUUAUAUCUUGUUCGUUAUGGACCAACAAUAGGCGAUCGAAUUUUACUUGGUGAUACAAACUUAGUAGUACAAAUAGAAGCUGAUCUAACAACAUAUGGUGAAGAAUGUACAUUUGGUCUUGGAAAAGUUUUAAGAGAAGGUAUGGGUCAAGCAUCAAAUACACGUAAUGAUAUUGCAUUAGAUACAGUUAUAACUAAUGUUGUUAUUAUUGAUGCUGUUAUUGGAAUAAUUAAAGCUGAUGUUGGAAUUAAAGAUGGUGUUAUUGCGGGCGUUGGAAAAGCUGGAAAUCCUCAAACAAUGUCUGGUGUUACUGCUGGUAUGGUCAUUGGUGUUGGAACUGAAGUAAUUCAAGGUGAAAGUUUAAUAUUAACAGCAGGUGCUAUUGAUGCAUGUGCUUAUUUUACAUCUCCUGAUGUUGUUACUGAAGCUUUAAUGAGUGGUGUAACAACAAUGUUUGGUGGUGGAACGGGAAUGAAUGGUAGUGUAACAAUGUCAACACCUGGUCCAAAUCAUAUUAAAUAUAUGAUACAAUCAACAGAUGAUUAUCCAAUGAAUUUUGGUUUUUAUGGAAAAGGAAAUACAUCAAAAGCAGAAGGUUUAUCAAAAGAACUCGAAGAUCAAAUUGUAGCUGGUGCAAUUGGUUUACGAUUAGAUGAACGUUGGGGUGCAACACCAUCAGCUAUUGAUACUUGUUUACGUGUUGCUGAAUAUCAUGAUAUAAGUGUUCAUGCUGAUUUAGAUAGUUUACGUGAAGCAUAUAGUGCACCAGAUUCUAUUUCAAUGUUUCGUGAUCGUGUUGUAUUAAUUCCAUGUACAGAAACAGCAGCAGCUCGAAAUAAUUUUUUUGAAUUACUUCAACAACCUAAUGUAAUUAUUACAUCUUGUAAUAAUAAAGCAGCUGUUUAUCGUCAACCUGGAGAAAAUCAAAAACAAUUUGCUAUUGAAGAUUUUCUUCAUGAUAUUGGAGCAAUUAGUAUUAUUUCAUCUUCGUCACAAGUAACACAAUCGAGAUUUUAA